AUGCCGUCGGAAGCUCCGGUACUGCCAGCACAGACGGAGAAACCCCAACAUUACGCGUACUUAAAGGAAUUCCGCACCCAGCAAUGUCCACUAUUUCUACAGCAUAAGUGUACACAGCAUCGACCAUUUACCUGCUUCAAUUGGCAUUUCAUGAAUCAAAGACGGCGCCGACCCAUCCGUCGAAGGGACGGCUCCUUUAAUUACAGUCCGGAUAACUAUUGUACCAAAUAUGACGAAGCGACAGGACAUUGUCAGGACGGAGAAGACUGUCCCUUUUUACACCGGACAGCAGGAGAUACAGAGCGUCGCUAUCACUUAAGAUAUUACAAGACUGGUACUUGUAUAUAUGAAACAGAUUCUAAGGGCCAUUGUGUCAAAAAUGGGCCUCAUUGUGCUUUUGCUCAUGGAGCUCAUGAUUUAAGGCCUCCAGUUUAUGACAUCCGUGAACUUCAGCAGAUGGAGACAACAGAAAAGUCUUUGCAUACAGUUACACCCAGCAGUUUAGAAAAAGAUCGGGCUUUAACCGAGGAUCCACGAUGGAAUGAUACGAGUUAUGUUUUAGCUAAUUAUAAAACGGAACAGUGCAAGCGGCCACCCCGGCUCUGUCGACAAGGCUAUGCUUGUCCACAAUUCCAUAAUUCUAGGGAUAGAAGAAGAAGUCCAAAAAAAUUUAGAUACAGGUCAACGCCAUGUCCUAACGUAAAACAUGGUGAUGACUGGGGGGACCCUGCUCAGUGUGAGAGCGGGGACAAUUGUGCCUACUGUCACACAAGAACCGAGCAACAAUUUCACCCAGAGAUUUAUAAAUCUACAAAAUGUAAUGACAUGGUCCAGACCAGUUUCUGCCCUCGAGGCCCUUUCUGUGCAUUUGCUCAUGUUGAACAGGAGAUGACUGUGCAGAGAGAGAUGAAUGUCUCCACAGAGAAUUCUUUAGCAGCAUUUGUAACUAAUGCCUUACCUCAGUCAAGUAACAAUAUAGGAAUGUCUGAUGGUGAAGGGAUGCUGCUACAGAAUCAAAAGGAGGACACCAAUUCAGUAAGUGGUAGCCAUUCUCCUAAGCUCCCUGACCCAAUAGGCAAAGAACGUUGUAACAGUAUUUCUUAUUCGCUGAAUAAUAUUGGUAACACUAACCACUCUGCCAGUCCUCUUCCGGAACCGAUUGGCAAAGGCCGUACAAGCAGCACAUCAAGUAGUAUAAAUUCUGAUUGUGGUAGUUUGGGACAUUAUCAGAGGGUGCCAGGCCCAACACGAGAAGAUGGACAGAUAAUAACCAGAGCUGCUAUUAACAAAACCAAAUUACGCCAACAACUGGAGGCAAUUGAAAACGAUGUGACCAUUGAUGUAAAUGAGAAAGCAACUCGGAAACAGAAUUUACUUUUAUUGCAUAAUUUGAAUGAGAGCCUCAGUAGUUCUGUGUCUCCCCUUAACAAUCCCCCCAUGUCAAAUAUGUCCCCCCAUGCACCAUCGUUCUAUCCCCCUGGUGAAACUGUGGAAUCUGUUGUAGGCAGCGCCCUAGACGACUUGAGUCUUGAAGAUUUUGAUAUUUCUAGUAUAGACAAAGAACUUGAUCGUGAUAAUGAUUCCAAUUCAGUUAGCAGUUCACUUAGUACUGGACUUUCUGCUCCAGGUUGCUUUGGUGCAACAUCUGUACCCGUGAGUAUUCCUCCACGAGGUAUCCAGCGUGGCAGCAUAGGGAGUCUGUCUCAGUCGCCUACAUCCCCUUUUGGGAGCUUCAGUACCACCCCUGCUAGUCUCAUCUCACAGCUUCCUAUGACCCAGCAACCCAAGACAGCUGUUACUGAACCUCUUGACCAGGUUCUUGUCCUUUCUCUAUUAUCUGUUUUGCUGAGUGUCUCUAUUUUUACUCUCUUUCUUUCUCUUUUUACUCUCUUUCUUUCUCUUUUUACUCUCUUUCUUUCUCUUUUUACUCUCUUUCUUUCUCUUUUUACUCUCUUUCUUUCUCUUUUUACUCUCUUUCUUUCUCUUUUUACUCUCUUUCUUUCUCUUUUUACUCUCUUUCUUUCUCUUUUUACUCUCUUUCUUUCUCUUUUUACUCUCUUUCUUUCUCUUUUUACUCUUCAACCAAAUCCUGGUAUGUUUGCAGUUCCUGCUUACACAGAGUUGAACUCAAUGUCACCGCAGAGUGGGGGUCCUCACUCACCUCUCUAUUCUACAUCUUAUACAAACAGCCAGCCACAAGAGAAUCAGCGACUGAGGGAGGAGCUGAAUACAUUAAAAAGCAAUCUCUCUCACUGGGAAGAAGCUUAUAGUCAAGCCAAAAGUGCUUGUGAAGCCUGGAAGAAAGAAGGUGAAGAAUCAGUCAGAAAAGUUAAACUUGCUGAAGAUGAAAAACUUCAAACAACAAAACAAAGGGAUGAGGCUUUGAAUCGUGUAAAAACCUUGCAACAGGAAUUAGACCAACUUCGAAAUGCUUCUUCAAUUUCUGGCUACAUCCAUUGUCUCCAGAGAAGCAAAGACCUUGACUAUCUGCCCCUUCAACAACUUCAACAAAUACAGCAACAACUUAGACUAGAUAAAAAGCAUGUAGAUGAGUUGUUGUUCCAUUACAAUAGCCGGAAAUGCAUCGUGUGCAAGGAAAGGAAUCGGACUUUUUCUUUUCUGUUUUUUUCCCACACCCUGCUUUUCCUUUUUUUUUUCUUUGCAUCUCCCCACCCUGCUGCUUUCCCCAGACCCACACCUUCCUAUCAUUUCACAAUCUUUUCUCUCCUUACUUGCUCCCUUUUAUCUAUUCCUCUUUUUGACAGCCUUCCUCUCUACAUAUCUCUCUACUCCUAUGUUACUAGUUUUCCCUUAUUGCUUGCCUUCUCUCCCACUAAUUCGUCUUUCUCUACACUUAAUUCUCUCUUAUUAUGCUUUUUCUAUUUUCUCUUUACACUUCAUUUCCUUCACUUUCUUUUCUUACGCUCUUUCUCUCUACACUGCAUUCUUUUUGUUCAUUUCCUUGUCCUCUCUCUUUAUCUCCACUCCCUCCUCACCUACACUUUUUUCAGUCACAGCUUCUCCCUUGUUUCUUUUUGA